UCCAACCCUUCUCCCCAAAUUCGAAACCCUGAAAAAGUCUUUUGGUCUUCGCCGGAGAAUCGGAGAUGCAGCGGCGAAUGGCGGAGCUCCGGGAGUCCUGCGCCGUCGAGAUUGGCCACCAUACCGAGAGCGCUGGUCUCGCCGCUGAUUACUUUAACCGUUCCCUUCUCUCUCUCCGCUCUGCCACCUCCCAAACCCUAGCUCACCGAGAGAAGCUUGGCAAGCUGAAAGAUUACCUUAGUGAUUUAGAAGCUGAUUUGGAACAAAUUCUAGCAGUCAAUUCACGCAAAGAGGCCAAACAUGCAUCUACAGUUGAAUCCCUCUCAUCUACAGUAAAUAAAAUAGAAGAGCUGAAGGAGAUUGUUAAGGAUCAGAGAGAGAAGAAGGAUGCAUAUGCAUCAAUUAUAAGGCAGCAAUUGCAUGCUCUGACAGCCCUUGAAGAAAAGUGUGAUCAAGAAAUAAGCAAUAGAGAAAGUAUAGAAGAAGCUAUUUUGUGGUACAGUAGGGUUCUUGGCUUCCGAACUGAAGGAGGUGAAGGAGUCAAGUUCAUAUUCGACAAAAUUGAUGUGAAGCGCCCUGAGAAAGAGUACUCAUUUACUGUAAGACUUGAUGGUGAUGUAUGUGACUUGUUGCAUUGUGAUCCUCACCUUGAAAAUCUUGACAAGUUAAUCAAAGACAUGAACGAAACCAAUGGCUUAUUUAAGUUUGUAAGGCUUAUGAGGGAAAAGUUUCAAGCUGCUGCAUUAAAUGGAAUUUCACCAAAAACACCACCUGUCCUUUGUUAUCCAGAUACAUCAUCAGUUAGUUUAUCUUCUCCACCUCCUAUUUCGGUAGACAGUAGAAGUGGAACGCUGGGAAAUAGUGAUCAUCUUCAUCACCAGCCCAAGCAAUGGCAGCAUAAUUCUCUACAAAGGAUUGGCCAACAUAUGAACCCAUCCCCGAGAUCUAUAUCAAACCAUCUUCAAUCGCCGCACUUUUAGAUCAAGAAGUUCACUCAAUCUGGCUGAGCUUGGACCAGUCCAUGUCCCAGUGAGAUAACCUGCUCACUUGAUUUGGCUUUUGCUUUCCUUCUUGUUUCUUUUGUAUGUGUAUAAUUCUGUGUAUGUUCAGUUUCACGAUUUAUCUAACUCUAAUCUCCUCUCAUUUUAAUGUAUAAGUGUAAGCUGAUGAUUUUUCUAGUUGGUACUGCAUUCUUAUGUUACUUA